AGCUCGAGCAGAUCAUGUCAUGACGACUUCGCUGCUCCUGCAUCCGCGCUGGCCGGAGAGCCUUAUGUACGUCUAUGAGGACAGCGCGGCGGAGAGCGGCAGCGGAGGAGGCGGCGGGGGAGGCGGCGGCGCGGGCGGCGCGGGGGGCGGCUGCAGCGGAGCGAGCCCCGGCAAAGCCCCCAGCAUGGACGGGCUGGGCAGCAGCUGCCCGGCCAGCCACUGCCGCGACUUGCUUCCGCACCCCGUGCUGGGCCGCCCGCCGGCUCCCCUGGGCGCCCCACAGGGCGCCGUCUACACGGACAUCCCGGCCCCAGAGGCUGCGCGCCAGUGCGCCCCGCCGCCGGCGCCCCCCACCUCGUCCAGCGCCACCCUGGGCUACGGCUACCCGUUCGGUGGCAGCUACUACGGCUGCCGCCUGUCGCACAACGUGAACCUGCAGCAAAAGCCUUGCGCCUACCACCCGGGUGAUAAAUACCCGGAGCCAUCGGGCGCCCUGCCGGGUGACGACCUGUCCUCCAGGGCCAAGGAGUUCGCCUUCUACCCCAGCUUCGCCAGCUCCUACCAGGCGAUGCCCGGCUACCUGGACGUGUCGGUGGUGCCUGGGAUCAGCGGGCACCCAGAGCCGCGUCACGACGCGCUCAUCCCCGUCGAAGGCUACCAGCAUUGGGCUCUCUCCAACGGCUGGGACAGUCAGGUGUAUUGCUCCAAGGAGCAGUCGCAGUCCGCCCACCUCUGGAAGUCUCCCUUUCCAGACGUGGUUCCCCUACAGCCCGAGGUGAGCAGCUAUCGGCGAGGGCGCAAGAAACGCGUGCCCUACACCAAGGUGCAGCUGAAGGAGCUAGAGAAGGAGUACGCGGCCAGCAAGUUCAUCACCAAAGAGAAGCGCCGGCGCAUCUCUGCCACCACGAACCUCUCGGAGCGCCAGGUCACCAUCUGGUUUCAGAACCGGCGGGUCAAAGAGAAGAAGGUGGUCAGCAAAUCGAAAGCGCCUCAUCUCCACUCCACCUGACCGCCCAUCUGGCCACCCGCCCCAUCUAUUUAUGUCACCGCUUUGUACCAUAACCGAACCCACCGAUGGACGCUUCGCCGGUGCGGACGAAUAUUUAAUGUUAACGAGAAAGAGUAACCGCGUCGCGGGAGGCAGAGAGGAUCCGAGGGCAAGCUCCGCAGCCCCCUGCUCCCCACCCCAUCCUCAACCCCCACUCCCAUGCAGAUGGGACCUACUAGCCUCUACAGCUUUGGAGGUGGGUGUGGGUGGGCUGUGGGAGGAAGGCUAACUGCCUCCACAUCCCUUUGCCCUCGACCUUGGCUUGCCAGAAAACCUAAUGGCAGCAGAGAGCCCGAUCAUUCCAACCAAAGCAGGGUUGGGGGAUCCCGAAUGACCCCAUUCUUGCCUCAUCCUUUGCCCAGGCAGGUUGAUGACCCUCCUGAGGGUGGGGCCUCGGUGCAGGACCUGGUGAGCUCAUACCAUCCCCCCCCCCAGUUCCUCCUCCUGUUCCCAGUCCCUCCCGCGCUCCUUAGUUAGGCAAGAUUUCCCAGUUAAGAUUUUCUGUGCAUAUUUUAAAAGUCGCGUUAAUAUUAAUGAUACUUGUUAGGGAUCUGGCAUCGUGAUUGGAGUACAGACAGCGCGUAGGUUUUCUUUCUUCCCUGUUUCAACAAAAGCUGGAAUCAGUGGGGGAACUGCCCGCCCCCACCUCAACCAGGAAGCUGCAUUUCUCUGGAGUCCCCACUGCCUCCUGUGUUCUGCUCUCCAUCAACGUGCAGAGAUCCAAGGAGAUGGAAACUCCAACCACGCUGCUAAAUAUCUCUCUCUCUCUCUCUCUCUCUCUCUCUCUCUCUCUCUCUCCCCUUCCUCUCUCCCUCUCCCUCUCUUUACUGGGGAUCAGGCCAGGCACAGAAGCAGAACGUUUUUCUAAGGAAAGGACAAACUUCUCUUCCAAUGGGAUGGAGAGUGGGUCCCCCAGCACAGCCCCUCUCCAGCUGCCCUUCCAUGGAGGCCAUAGCUGAGGAGACAGCCUCACACUUUCACUUUUACUGGUUGUCCAGAGGAAAGCAGUUUUCUUCCAGAAGGCCAAAAUAACCAGCCCCCAAUUAACCAGCUAAUAUAGACACCGCCUAACAUUUCCCUCCUCAAAGGCCAACUCACUGCUGGGGGGGGGGGGAGGCCCCUCACCUUCUCCCUUCCCACUGGUGCAUUACAAAACAGUGUUCUUUUGAAAUGUUCAUCAGAAAUAGGCUUUUUUAAAAUGUGUGUAUCUGUAUAUAGUAUUGUGAUGUCUGAAUGACAACGUACUGAAUGCAAAAAGAAAAAGAACCCCACAAACCUGUUUUUAAAAUAAAAUCUUUUUUUUUUUUGCCUUGAUUUUAUCGCUCAGAUUCCUUCUGAAGACGCUUCUGUCCUCUUGCUCGUCAGGGCCAUCCCUGAUACCCUGACUCAGCCCAGGCGAGCAAGGGGAGGAAUGUAGACAUCACCCCCAGCCGGGUAAAUUCCAAACUCCUAUUUUGUUCCGCUUACAUUUCUAAAGUGAGUUACUUGGGUUGUUGAUGUGAUCUAGACAGGAGAAAAACGCCGUCCUCAGAAUAGAUGAGUGUAUGUUGGGAAGAAAUGGGUGUGAUUAGCAACUGGGAAGGCCCCGAAGCAGGUGAGUGAGAAAAGUACGUUGCCAUUGACCUCGGUUAAUAGUUGGGGGUCAGGCCUGGAUUUAGGAGGUGAGAAGGCAGCAAGCACCCAGUUGGAGCUGGAUGCUGUGGCGGUAGCGGACGGUGGUAGGGGCCCUCCUGCCCCCAGAAGGGUAGCCGGUUCAGGGCUGGGGCUAGGAAGGGCCUGCACAGCCUGUCCUGCUGGCGUGUAGCCCGCAAGCUCAGCGUUCUUGGGCUGCUCUCUUUUGUCUUCCAUCAAUCUAUGCCGAGACAUCAGGCCGAUAGGACCCUUUGGUCCUGCAGUUCACUAAGCCAACCCCACUUUCCUUCUCCAGCCUUGCUGGGAACCACAGUCUUCCAGGCAGUCAGGAGCCGCGUGGACUCUGUCACUAAUUUGUUUCCCCCGUCGCGUCCGUCUGUGCCUAUCUCCCUAUCUAGCGGAGUUAAUGAGAUCAUUAAGUUGUCAGGUUAAGAGACUUUUAAAAAGCAGUAUAGCCUAAAACAAUGUUAUCUCAGAUUAAAUCUUUACUGCAGCAA